GCGGUUAUAAAUAAAAAUGUCGGAGAUGUGGAUGACAUGGGUGGGCAGGGGGCAGAUGAGGGUACUAACGAGAACACCGAGACUUCUCAAGACGUUGUGGAUCAUGCCCGAGGUGCGGAUGGCCCAACCCGAGCGGAUGGUGCUCGAGAGAAACGGAAGGAUAGUCAAGAGCAAAAAAAGAAUGAACAAGACGGGGAGGGUAAUCAAGGAGCCGUCGACGAUAGCCAAGCCACAUGUGAAGAUGCCAACCUUGCAAGCGGUGAUACACAAGUCGCAGGCGAUGAAACCCAAGACAUAGACUCUGCCCUCAAACCAGAACCAACACCUCUUACUCCCGCCCAAAAAGAAGCUGAAACCCACCGCAGUGCCUUCUUACUUAAAGAAGUGGCGCGACUCGAGAAAUCACGCGCACAGGAGACACUGGACUCUUCUGAUGAACAGGGUCCUUCCGAGAUUCAGGCCCGUCUCAGUGCCGUAAAAGCAAGAAUUUCAAGGAUUAUUUUCGCUGACCCACCCAGACGCCUACCCAUGUCUGAAGUCCCCUCUUCCGGAAAAAAUGCUCAGGAACUCACCAGCGCGCUGACGAAUACGAUUGACGCUGAACCAAUCAAAAUCACAGUACCUUAUACGAAAGCCAAGCAGAAAGCUGUGGAAAAGGUAUUGAGGGAGUUUAAUGCGGAGUGAGUCUAUUUGGCUUCAAUAAAAACCGUUCAUCUGUAUGACUGUUAAUGUGAUGCUGACGCUGAUGGUGCAGUAACGAAUUUUCGAUUCGUUCUGAGACUGGGCAAUUGUCGACUAUGAUAACGGUGUAUAGAGACUGUACGAGAUGCGAUACCUCCGACGAAGAUACCCUCCUUACUGUUCUUGAUGUGGUCUCGACGAGAGUGAUGGCGAUGUUGGCAAAGAUAAUUACACUUGUUGUAUCAUACAUGUAACGUGGUACUCUAUCUAAGUUAUGAUAAGCAUUGUUAGCCCUGCCAUUUUUACCGCAACUCCCGUUAGCCAGUACUCCAGCUUGAA